AUGGCGUCCCACAGCACCCCGUCGUCGGGGCAGACGCGGUCGACCCCGGAGAGCGCUCUCCUUGCCGGGAGCUCCUCGCGCGGCCACGGCCCGUCGGUGGACUCGUCCGCGGACCUCGCCGACCUGGAGGAUGCCGUCAAGCUCAUCGAGCACCUCCGCGGCGAGAACAGGGGACUGGAAGCUGCUCUCACGAGGAUGAAGAAGAUGCAGACGGAGUUGCAAGAGGUCAACGAGGCCCUGCAGGGGCGCUGCGCAGCGCUGGAGCGGGACGCCGAGGCGAGCUCCGAGCAGGCCGACGUCGCCCUGCAGCGCCUCCAGCGCGAGCUGCUGCGGCGGGAGGCGGAGUGCGACGAGCUGCGGACGCGCGCCGUGCCCGCGCACGUCCUCGAGACCAUUCGCGCGGAGGUCGAGCAGGAGGCGUGGGAGCGGCACCGCGACGCGGCGGAACGCUUCAAGAAGGAGCUCGGGGAGUCUCACGAGCGCUACAUGAAGCUCCAGGAGCGGGUGGGCUCUGAGGCACGGCGCGACGACGGGUCGCGCGCGGCGCUGCAGCGGCAGCUGGACGUGGCGCAGACCGACGUGCGCGCGCUGCAGGAGGAGCUCUCCGCCGCGCAGGCGCGCCUGCGCACCGCCGAGGCGUCGGCCCGCAUGCACGCGGGGCAGGCCAUCAACGCCACGUCGCGCUUCGAGGCGCUUCGUGCGGAGAUCGUGCAGCUCUCGGACGAGGUCGCGGCGGUGCGCGCGCAGCGCGACGAGGCCGCGGGGCGCGCGAACGAGGCGGAGGCCGCGCUCGAGCAGGCGGAGGGGCGGGCGCGCGCGGACCGCGCCGCGCUGGAGCUGCGUGCGGAGGAGUCGACGGCGCGCGCGCGGCUGAUGGAGGCGCGCGUGAAGGAGAAGGACGCGCGGAUCGAGCAGCUGGAGGAGGACGCGCUCGCGCUGCGGGAGGACGCGGCGCGGGCGGUGGCGGGGCAGGAGGCGGAGGCGCGGCGGUGGGCGGCGGAGCGACGGGACCUGGCGAAGCGGCUGGCGGAGGCGGACGCGGACCACGAGGAGCGGCUGGAGGCGCUAAAGGCGCGGCUGCGGGACGCGCAGGACGCGCACCAGGCCGCGGAGGACGCGCGGCGGCGGCAGGCGACGCAGGCGGAGCGCGCUGCGCAGGACCGGGUCGCGGAGGCGACGGCGCGGGCGCACGAGCGCGCGAAGGAGCUCGAGGCGCAGGUCGGGGAGCUGAAGGCGCGGUGCGCGGAGCUGGAGGAGGCGCGGAACACGGCGGAGAAGGUGGCGACGGACCGGCACGACGCGGCGAGCGCGGCGCUGCUGGAGGCGCGCGAGGACGCGGCGGCCGCGAAGGCACGGUGCGAGCAGAUGCAGCAGGAGGCGAUGCGGCAGGACUCGGACCUCGCGGAGGCCCGCGGGCGCGUCGCGACGCUGGCGGCGGAGACGGAGCGCGCGGUGGCCAAGGAGGCCGCGAUGGGGAAGGAGCUGCGCGAGGCGAUGGACAAGCUGGACCAGUCGGAGACGAAGGCCGAGUCGCUGCGCGCGCAGCUGGAGGCGGCGGAGCGCGAGCUGGCCGAGGAGCGGCGGCGGGCGGCAGCCGACCAGGCCACGGGGUCGCAGGCGCUGGACUCGGCGCGGCAGAACUGGCUGCUCGAGCGCCGCGCGCUGGUCAAGCGCAUGUCCGAGGGCGUCGCGCGCGUCCGGGACGCCUACCGCCUCAAGGUGCAGCGCCUGCGCGGCAAGUGCGAGGAGAUGCGGGCGAUGGCGAUCGCGGGCGAGGAGGCCAAGGCGGCGCUGCUCAUGCAGGUCGACGAGCUCGAGGGCGAGCUGGAGCGCGAGCGGCGGCGCCGGUGGGACGCGCCCGCCGGGGCCGCGGUGGCAGUGGGCGCCGCCAGGGACGAGCGCCUGCGGGACGUGCAGCGCGAGAUCGCGCAGCUGCGCGCGCGGCAGGACGAGCGGCUCGGCGGCGGCGGGCGCGGGGUCCCGGUCUCGUGA